GAAAGCCCCGAUGCAAUGUAUGGCAAAUUGAUAUCUUCUGACGGCCAUGAGUUUAUUGUAAAAAGAGAACACACACUAACAUCAGGAACGAUAACCAUGUUGAGUGGCCCAGGUCAGUUUGCUGAAAACGAUACCAGUGAGGUCAAUUUUAGAGCGAUCCCUUCACAUGUACUUUGGAAAGUCUGCAUUUAUUUUACCUACAAGGUUCCCUACACCAACAGCUCCAUCGAGAUUCUCGAAUUUCCCUUUGCACCUGAGAUAGCACUGGAACUGCUGAUGGCUGCUAACUUCCUAGAUUGUUAAAUAAAAUAAAUUAUAAUAAACUGUUAAUUUUUCAGUAUUUAA